CCCCCGGUUGGGAGGUAAGAAUUUAAAACACUGAUUGAGUAACAAACUUUAAAAUCGUCAACGAAAACAGUCCAGGACAGCGUGAUGCCUGUGUCCCUGCGAACGCUGGUCAAAACGGCCACCUACAUUGGGAUCGGCGGAAUCAGCGCGGCACUGUACAUGAAGUUCAAGCUGGAAGACCGGGUGCGGGCUCAGCCGUACUACAAGGACUCGUUGAAGCUGCUGCGGGCACAUCCGGGAGCAAUUUCCGUCCUGGGCGAACCGAUCAAGGACAUGGGCUUUGACUUUGGCGUGGAGAUGAACAAGUUUGCCGACGGCAAGAUCGACGGCUUUGUGGUGCCCGUCAAGGGCGUCAAUCAGCAGGGCAAGCUGCACUUUUGGGCGGAGAAUCGGGACGAAAAGUGGCACAUUACGCGAGCCGAGCUGGAGCUGGACAAGGAUCCGGACCGGCGGUUGCUGCUGAGGAAGGCGGAGUAGAGGCAGAGUUUGGGUAGAUGUGUAAAUACAACUGAAUUAAAUUUA